GUUUAGAGCAACUAUUCAUGUAAAUAAUUGUUAUUUUCAUAAAGUGCCAAUCAGGUCUGACAAACUUGUCCUCGUGUUCUUUUCCUGCCGCAUGCGCUGUCAGUUGAAGUUACAGUAUUAGCUUCGGAGAAAAAUCUUGCUUGCUAUGGUGACGUGACUUCCCACGCGUGUUGACAUUUUGCAGCUGUUUUCUGUGAAGCGCUGCUUCGUCUCCGACAGAGACGCAUUGGACGGAAUGUGAAACCCGCAACGUUGCUUUAUUUUCCUAGAUUGAUUUCUUCCUGUUCUCCAAACAAAUUAAUACUCAGUCGAGAACAUCAAUUAAGGGUCGAACCAGUGCUGUCCCCCUAACCAUUUCUAUUUUUUGUACUGGCGCUACACCAAUUUGAUUUUCUUAACAUUCGCUUCUACUCAUUUGUGAUAUCAGAAGUCUGAAAGCUACUGUAAGUUCUUUUGCUCCCAGACCCCUUCGAAAAUACAUUGUAGAUCAUUUGAGAACAAUAUGUACGGAAUUUAAAGGCAAUGAAGGAAUAUUUCCCUACUGUAUACCUGGCUAUAGUUUUGUGCCAGGUAUUGUCUGUGGAUCUGACUGAUGCAAAGAGGGAUUAUUAUGAGGUUCUGGAUGUCCCCAGGACUGCCACAGACAGACAGAUAAAAAAGGCCUUUCACAAACUAGCAAUGAAGUACCACCCUGAUAAAAACAAGAGCCCAGAGGCUGAAGUAAACUUCAGAGCGAUUGCUGAAGCCUAUGAAGUGCUUUCAGACGCUGAAAAGCGACGGCAGUACGAUGAGUUUGGACACCAGGCUUUUGAGCCCGACCAUGGAGAUGGAACUGACUUUGGCCAGCAGUUUUUCACCUUUAACUUUGACGAUUUUUUCCGCGGCUUCCAAUUUGAUGACGAUAUAAUGUAUGAGAUGCCAGGAGAAGACUGGGACUCCAGGGAAGAAUUUGUAGAUGCACAGAAGCAUGAGGGACAGAGCUAUUUUAAUGGCGAGUUUGGCCACCAUGAUUUCUACGAUCUUUUCCGGGAUCCUUUUGAUGACAUGAACAUGAAUGUGUAUUUUGACGAUGCUUCUCUCAACAAUCAGGAGCCAGAAAGCUUUUGCUGGAUAGAUCAAAAAUUGGAUGGCAGCACAGUGAGGAUAUGUGAAGGCGAUUAACAAAUUGAGGGGUUAAAGAUUGCUAACUUGGUAGAAUUGUUAUUUAAUUCACUGUUUAAUAAAUUGUUAACCUGUA